AUGACUGUGUUCAUUGCCUCGCUCUUUCUUCCCAAGACCGUUCAUUUCAACCUGCCUGGUGCCCGGCCAAGAGGGGCUUCAGCCUCCCAGAAGCCGGCCAGCAAGGCCAAAAAGCUCGCCCCCAACACUCCUCCCAGCCUCUUCCAGCCUGCGCCUAGUCACAUUACUCCUCCGCACACACCGACGGAAGACCGCAAGCAUCAUGACCCUUGGGCAAACGAGGAUGGGUUAAAGGUGCAAAUUCCCCAAAUGCCCUUCUCUCCCGAUGGUAGCUACCGUGCUCCAAUCGAUCGAAGCUCUCCGACAUGGGGCGGCCGGCCGGACCAGCCGAUGUCCCGUGCGAACUCUCCCCCGCCUCCUUCCCUGAUCAACAGCAGCCGUGCUCUGAACCAGAAGGCCAGAGAAAUGGGUCGCCAAGGCAUCACGCAGCCACGGAGCCUCGUGAGAAGUGAAAGCCAUGAUCGAGUGUUCGCACACGCCGACUGGAAGAUCGUUAGCGCCGAUCAGGGUAACGGUGGCUUGCGCAACGCCGCCGAGGCAGCUGCCAGGGAUGGCAAGCUUGGAGAGUACACAUGGAUUGGCACGUUGGGCAUGCCCACGGAUGCUCUCCAAGGUACUCAGCAACUUCAGGACAUCGAUGACAGACUUGCCACUGAGCACGACAUGCUGGCUGUUUUCUGUUCAGACAAAGACUUCGACGGUCAUUAUUCCCACUUUUGCAAGCAGAUCUUGUGGCCCGUUUUCCACUACCAGAUUCCGGACAACCCAAAGAGCAAGGCGUACGAGGAUCACUCAUGGAAGUACUACGUAAACGUCAACCAGGCGUUUGCCGACAAGAUUGUUAAGAACUGGAAAAAAGGAGACACGGUCUGGAUCCACGAUUACCACCUCCUCUUGGUCCCUGGAAUGAUUAGGAAGAAGAUUCCCGAAGCCAAGAUUGGGUUCUUCCUGCACGUUGCCUUCCCUUCUUCGGAGGUCUUUAGAUGUCUAGCUGUUCGCAAGGAGUUGCUUGAAGGCAUGCUCGGCGCCAACCUCAUUGGAUUCCAGAUCCGUGAGUAUGCCAGACAUUUCCUCCAAACUUGCAGCCGCAUUCUGAGCGUUGAGGCCACCCCGGAUGGUCUUCAGCUCGAGGACCGUUUUGUCGACGUCAUCAACCUCCCGAUCGGUAUUGACCCUGUUAGCCUCAGUCGUCACCGUGGUGAGAGUGAAGUUAAGCGCUGGCUGGACAUCAUGCGUGAGCGCUAUGCAGGCAAGAAGCUCAUCGUAGCGCGCGACAAGCUUGACCACGUCCGCGGCGUGCGCCAGAAGCUCCUCUCUUACGAGAUGUUCUUGAACAUGAACCCUGAGUGGAGGGACAAGGUCGUUCUGAUUCAGGUUGCCCUUUCAACAAGCGAAAAGAGCGAGUUGGACGCUACCGUUUCUGACAUUGUGACCCGCGUCAACUCUUCGUGGGCCAACUUGGCAUAUCAACCUGUGGUCUACCUCAAGCAGGACAUCGACUACGCCCAGUACCUUGCGUUAUUGAGCAUUGCUGAUGCUCUCAUGAUCACCAGUCAACGUGAAGGCAUGAACCUUACAUCCCACGAAUAUCUUUUCUGCCAGGAUGGCAAGUUCAGCGAGAAGAAGCACGGCUCAUUGAUCCUUUCUGAGUUCACGGGUACUUCCUCGUUGUUCAACGGAAAUGAGCUGUCGGUGAACCCUUGGGAUUACAGGGCUUGUGCAGAUGCCAUCAAGAAGGCUCUCGAGAUGGAAGGCGAGGAGAAGGAGCGCCGCUGGAAGAACCUAUACGAGGCCGUCAACGUUCACACAGGCUCGCAUUGGUUCUCAGAGUUCAUGCUCCGCCUAGAUAAGGUCUACGAGGAGCAACAUAGCCGCGACCAGACCGCAGUACCUCGCCUCUCGAUGACCACGUUGUUGCAGCAAUACGAGCGCACUAAACGCCGCCUUUUCAUCAUUGACUUUGAGGGAACCCUUGUCAGCUGGGGCCCCGUUAAUCAAAUCAUUCCGGUCAGCCCUCAACGCACCCUGGAUGUUCUCAACGAUCUUCUGCUCGAUGAGCGCAACACUAUUUAUGUUAUGUCUGGUAGACGUCCAGAGGAGCUGGAUCGUAUCUUCCGUCGCGUUACUAACCUCGGCUUGAUCGCCGAAAGCGGAUGCUACCUCAAGGACUGCGGAAGCAACACUUGGACCGAAAUGGCCGAUUCCAACAAGAUCCGCUCUUGGAAGAGUUCACUCCAGGACAUCAUGACCUACUACUUGGAGCGUACGCCGGGAGCGGCGAUUGAGGAACGUCGCUGCUCCUUGGUGUUCCACUACAAGUCUGCGGAUGAUUACGAGACGGCCGCUACACAAGCUUCCGACUUAGCCAGCCACAUCAAUGACGCCUGCGAGGACCAACGCGUUCACGCCAUUCCGAUGGACGGUUGCGUGCUUGUUGAGCCCAUAGACUGGACCAAGAGCACCGCGGCCCAGAAGAUCUUUGAUGACUUGCAGAAACGGAUGGGGCCGGAUGAGAAGCACAAAUCACCGGUUGACUUCCUCAUGGUUGUUGGCGACGGUCGUGACGACGAGAAGGUCUUCAAGUGGGCCAACCAGUUGGGCACUGAUGGAACAGUACAGGAGGUGGUGACUGUCAGCCUUGGCAAUAGAAACACUGAGGCUAAGACGACGUUGACCCAGGGCGUUAGUGGCGUUCUCGCAGCUCUCCAGAAGCUAUCCCAAGUCGUGGUUCCUGCUGAGCAUCAGCGUCGUCGAAGUUCUAUAACUGUUCCGUCUCUCGUCAAUAUGUGA